AUGGAAGGACUUAUUUGCGCCGAUGCUGUCCGAGAUGCAGCAGCAACGGCGGAGUCGCUGAUUGCAGGAUCGGCAGCACGAGCAGAAGCACCAAACAACACAGGAACAGCAGAUGCGAUGAGGGCGGUAGCAGUAGAAAGAGAAACAGGGCACUUGAGACCAUCGGACUCUAUGGCUAGAGAUGUUUCCGUAUUGGCUGACUGCUUGUGGCACCCUGCUGCUGCUGCUGCCGCCGCCGCUGCAGAGGUGAAUGCCUCGCUGCUACUCUCGUGCUUGGAUGCCCCAGAAAAGGUGUCCAUACACUUCAAAGACACAGUGCAGCCGGUAUUGCUUCCGCAGCAGCAGCACCAACAGCAUCAGCAACAGCAUCAACAACAAGAAGAGGAAUUAAUUGGGCACCCUCAGCAGCAUUUGUUGCUGAGGGUUCGGGGGAUAGUAACCCGCCAGCAGUCUCUUGGCCGUCGGCUUUGUUUUUUCGACAUAAUGCCGCCGUACGCAAUAGAAGCUGCAGCAGCAACGGCGAAAAGAGAAACCGCAUCUGCAGAAUCUCCAGCACGAGAAACAGCAGCCGCCCCUUUACGUCAUGAAGGUUCGGGGAAGACAGAUGCAGCAGCAGGAAAGCUAGAAACAGCAACAGAAAAAGACUCUUCCGAAACAGCGUCAGCAGCACAUACUACGAGACCGAACGCACCGACACAACAAGAAGCAGCAUCAGAGUCCUGUAUUGCGCUCUGCUGCAGCGUGUCUUCCCCCGAUGUGGGUGGGCUCGAUGUACACCGCAGCAUUUUGAGGCGACUCCGGUUGGGAGAUUCUGUUGAGGCUGUAGGAGUGCUGGAAAGAAAAGGGGAGUUGCAACAGCAUCCACUGCAGCAGCAGUUGGCAUGCAAGCUCCAAGAAGCCAUGGCACCCUGUGCUGCUGAGACUGCCCUGCAAGAGGUAACGCGAGUAGUAGGCUUUAAAGUCUUGGCACUGCGGGCUUCCAGGCCAGCCGAAGCAGAAGAAGCAGCAGCAGUAGCAGCAGCAGCAGAAGCAGUAGCUGCUGCCACCUUAGAGAAGGCUCAGCGCGUUCAUUUGCUGCACGGCAGACCUCGUGCGGCUCUUCCGUGUAAGCAGCUAGCUGCAGAUCCAGCAACAGAACACGGAAGACCUCCAGCAGAAGGGACAGCAGCGUCAGCAGCGGCUCAGGAGCUCUCCAGAGUAUGCAAGAUGUACUUGCUCGUUGGCAGCUGCGGGCGCGCUGACUGUCCCCUCCUGCACGUGAGGGACGGAAGGCUGAGGAGACAGUUUGACCUGCUGAAGGCUCAGAAACAGGUCCGGCGCGUGCAGCAGCAGCUGCAGCAGCAACAGCAGCAGCAUCUGCUGCUCCGUGAGCUGCCGCUGCAGCCUCCCUCGGGGUUUCUUGGGGGGAACUUUUCGGCCCUGACGCUCCAGGACAAGCAACAACAACAACAGCAGCAGCAGCGGAUUUACCCUAGGAGUCUGCGUGGCGCCGUGUUUGGCGAAUGGCUCGUCAAAACGUAUGGAGUCGAACGCCUGCGGAUGGGCAGUGGAGUUGUAGAAGUUGGAGGGGGACGAGGAGAGUUGGCGUUCGAAUUAGCUGUUAAAUAUCAAAUCCCCACAACGAUCAUCGACCCGAGGUGUACCUACACCCCCAAGAGCGAAGCAGCGCAGCCUCCCGACGCCAGACGACAGUGGGAGACCCAACAGCUGCAUGCACACUCUGGAGCACCUGCUGCUGCCUCAACAGCAGACGCAGGACGUUCCUAUGAGAGAGCAGUUGUGGAGACAGGUGACGCCUGCUUGCCGAAACAGGCAAUGAGCUCCGCUAUGAAGAGCUGUAGCAGAAGCUCUUUUGAGUGCCCACUGAGGCUCAACAGAAGACAGGCUGCGUGGCUUUUGCAACAUAGGGGAUUGCGGGGUAAAGAGGCUGAGGCCUUCUUUCGGGAAUCAGUAGAGACGAUCCCCGCCUUGUUCAAUGCUGAUCUUAUCAGAGAGAGUCUCUAUGUACAAGAAAAGCUACUCACGGCCUCAGCCCUCGUCGGCCUACACCCUGAUGAAGCCGCAGGAGACAUUGUCGAUGCAGGCCUCGCCGUACACGCACGCAGGCGCGCGAGAAGCAAUGGCGGCAGAAACAGCAGCAACGGAGACAGGAACAACGGCGCGAACAGCGGUAGCAACAGCAACAGCAACGGUUGCAAUGCUGACGACAGCAAGUACACCCCCACGAACCAUAACAGGCACAGCAGGAGCCGCAGCAGCAGCGGCAGCAGCAGCAGCGCCAACAACGCCAUCACGAACAAAAGAGUUGGCAGCGCCUUCAACAACAGCAACGACAGCAGCUGCAACAGCAAGCGCGACACGAGUAUUGUUGUGAAGAGCAAUGAGGGGUGCGGGCAGCGAGGGCACCGACAACAACAGCAGCAGACAGCAACGGCGGCGGAGUUGCCGGACUUGGUCCUUGCAGUUGUACCUUGUUGUGUCUUCUCGGAGAUAUUUCCUCAGCGUCGAGUGCCUCAUACUGCAGCAGAAGCAGCAGCAGUAUCUCCAUCUGCAGCUGCAGCAGCAGCUGCUGCUGUUCCUGCGCCUGAUGAUUCUGCUGUACCGAACUCUUCAGCUGCUGCUGCCGGCGAUGCAGCAGUUGUUGCCUCAUACAGUGCUUCUACUGCUGCUCUUUCAGAGGGCUCUGUUGCCAGCUCUGGGCCUUUGUUGCAGAGGGCGUCUGACUCCACUGCAGCCUACCGUCAAGGUGAAUCUCCCGCGUGUGUACCUGUAGGAGAAGCUUGUGCGCAAAUGCAUCAUCUGGCGCUGCAUGGAACAGAGGGGACCCCGGGGAGCCCACUGGGGGUCCCUCUCUUUACUGCAGGUGCGGGGGACGAUGGAAACACAACCGUGCGGACAUAUGAAGAACUGCUUCUUUGGCUGCACCUCAGAGACAGGCAGCGUCGUUUGCAGCAGCAGACGCUCCCCAUGGUAGGCAAGAAUCAGGUUAUCUUUAUGCCCCCGUAA